GAAAGCAAGAGAACUUGAAUAGCGCUGGGCAAUUUCCUUAUUUCGCGCAUGUGCAUUUAUGCAUUUUAUUUUCGUCACAUUACCUCGUUGUUUGAUGUGUGCGUAUCGUGAUUGAAUGAUUAGGUUAGAUUUCAGAAAUGCACGUGUAGGAGUUAGAAAGUGAGGACAAAACGUGAUAUUAUAUCACAGAAGAAACGGACAUCUAUUAAAAACCAAAAAUUAUGGCUAAGCAGGAGACGCAUCGACCGGGUUCUCUUAAACAAUCCAACAAAGCACAUAAAACCGGAAGACACCGUAGCAAAAGUGCCAUUAACAGUGAGGCGAAAGGUAAACAAAAUGUUAUCAAAACAUCUUUGAAGCAUAGUAGUAAGAAAGGUCUCAAUAAGCAAGCUCGUAAGAAUCUUCUGAUACAAAUCAGAAAGAAGAAACGUGAAGAAGUAGUAGCACAAAAAAGGAACAUUGGCAGUGCUCACUCUGCACCAGUUCUCAUCUGCAUCAUACCUUUACAAUAUGACAUAGAUAUACAGGAUGUUAUUUCUAAUAUAAAUAAUGUCCAUGAGAACGCUCACAUCACUAGCAGUCCAUGCGGACUGGUCACGCACAUAGGUAUUCCACACCUGAAACAGCGCUUUUCGGUCUUUGCUCCACCGAAGGAUAACAUUUUUGCCACUUUGGACGCAGUAAAAGUUGCUACCACCGUCGUCUUUGUAACUUCCGCCACGAAAGAGAAAGAAAUCAUAGACGAUUGGGGUAAGGAAGUCAUCGUGUCUUGCCUCGCUCAAGGCUUACCCGCUACCAUAGUGGCAGUACACGACAUCCAAAAACUUCAUAUUAAAAAACGUCAGGAGUACAAACAAUCCGUGCAACGUGCGAUUACAAAGUGGCUCCCUGAAGAAAAAGUUCUUGAACUGGAUACUGCAGCGGACUGUUUGAACAUGUUGCGUCGUGCGGGAUCACAGAAACAAAGAAGCGUGUUUUAUAGAAAUAUAAGGCCGCAUCUCUUGGCCGAAGAACUCGCUUUUGAAUGCGAUGGGGACUCUCUUGAUUCCGGAACUCUCGCAGUCACCGGGUAUUUGCUAGGCACGCCGCUAUCGGUUAACGGCUUGGUUCAUAUACCGGGCUUCGGCGACUAUCAAAUGUCACGUAUCGAAAUACUGGAUGAUCCGCAUCCGAUUGAACACGCUGAGCGUGCAAGGUGUUCUUCCGGCGAUGAUCAAAUGGAGAUUCAAGAAGAUUGUCCAAGAAUUAAAAGCACCGAAUUUCCGGAUCCUGAAAAACAGGAAUCUCUCGAGAGUGAGUGUAUUCCUGAUCCAAUGGACGCCGAACAAACAUGGCCCACGGAGGAGGAAUUGGCGGAAGCAGUAGCAAAGAGAAAGAUUACCAAACUUGUACCUCGAGGAACGUCAGAGUAUCAAGCUGCAUGGAUACCAGACGAAGAUGGAGUAAGUCUUGGUGAAGGUUCAGAGGACGAGUCCGAGGAUGUGUCUAUGGAGGAAGUGAGAUCUGAAGUAGACAGUAUCAAAGACUUGGAAGACGAUGAAGAGUACGAAACUAUUACGAUAUCAGAAUCGGGAGUGGAUGGUGAACGUUACGAUCGAGAUAUCGAUGUGCUUGAAGAGAACCAAGCGAUGGAAAAAUUCAAAGAAGCAAAAUUGGACGCACAAUUUCCGGAUGAAGUGGAUACUCCUGGCGGCGUAUUGGCUAAAGUAAGAUUUCAAAAAUAUCGCGGUCUCGAAUCGUUUCGCACGAGUCCGUGGGAUGUAAAGGAAAAUCUUCCUACUGAUUACGCCCGGAUAAUCGAGUUCGCGGACUACAAUCGCAGACGAAAACGCAUUUACAAAGAAAUCGAGGACAUCGAAGGAGUCACGCCGGGACAGUACGUCAAGAUCUACAUUGCGCGGGUGCAAAAAGAGGUUUUCAAGACGUUCGCGACUGGGACUCAACCGCUGAUAGUAGUCGGCUUGCUCGAAUUUGAGCGCAAGAUGUCCCUUCUGAACGUCUUGUUGAAGCAUUCGAAUAGUACUGCGCAGCCGAUCAAGUCGAAGGAAAGACUGAUAUUUCAGUGUGGAUUCAGGCGAUUCGUGGCAUCUCCGAUAUUCAGCCAACACACGAACGGCACCAAGCAUAAGUACGAGAGAUACUUUCAUCCUGACAGUACCGUCGUGGCGAGCAUGUAUGCGCCAGUCACUUUCUCACCGUGUCCAAUUCUCUGUUAUGUCGAAAAUCAGGACGGCAAGCUCGAAUUGAUCGCAACCGGAAGCGUUCUGUCUUCCGAUCCCAACAGAGUCGUCCUGAAACGAGUCGUUCUGAGCGGCCAUCCAUAUAAGGUGAAUAAGAGAUCGGUGGUGGUGCGUUUCAUGUUCUUCCAUCGCGAGGACAUCGAAUGGUUCAAGCCUAUUCAAUUGAGGACGAAAUAUGGACGCAGAGGCCACAUAAAGGAACCUCUUGGCACACAUGGUCACAUGAAGUGUAUCUUCAACGGACAGCUGAAAUCGCAAGACACAGUGCUAAUGAACCUGUACAAACGAGUUUUCCCUAAAUGGUCAUAUGAGCCAUUGCAUACAAUCAUGUAAUUCUAUUCAAAUUAUUGCAAAAUAUUAUAUAUAUCUUAUACAUUUA